AGUUUUAUUUCAGACUUUUAUCAGUUCUUGCCGGCAUACACAUGACUAGUGUUUUUUAUCAUCAAUUCACUUUCUUUUGAUGUAAACAUAAGGAGAAAAUGGCAGAAGGAUGUACGACGGAAAGCGACAAAAAGAAAAAAACAGUGUUUAUUUAUCUACACACAGAUGACUUAGAAAAAGUCAUGAAAAAAUUAACAAAAAAAAUUAAAGUGAAACAUGAAAACAUUGCUUCGAACGAUGGUUCAUUAGAACACAAAAAUAGGACAAUCAUCGCGGUCAGACACGGGUCAACUCGUAUAGAUUCAGAUAUACAAGGAUGUUGCAGAGAUAUAACAGAAUCGGAUAUCAAACGUACUGUUGUUGUUAUCGUUUGUGGAUUUGAAUAUAAUAAAAAGGAUUCCCAUGGUAUUGAAAUAAGUCCCAAGAGCUUUAAGGCGGAACAUGAAGAUGAUAUUAAAAUGGAGAAUCUUAAAAGCAUUGUACAAAUUAACUAUAAAUGUUUAAAAAAGAAGAAACGAAAGAGGUGCGAAAACUGUAACACUGCGCUAGACAUUCUAAAAAUGCAUGCAGAAUCAUCAAACGACAACUAAAUGUUCAAAUGAUAAUAUGAAAGCACUUAAUAGUGUAUACAUUCAUAGUUCAUGUUAUAAUCCCUAGCUACUAAGGAAUACGAACGGCAAAUUCAGUGCUGGUCAUAUUCCACGGAAUUCUGUAUCCUUUAUAUAUUAAUUGCAAAUGGAAUCAAAGAUAAUGUUGAUGGAAUCGAAAUAGUUUAUGAAUUGAAUUUGGAUAUAUUUGUUAUAGAUUUUUGUUUCUCUCUUUUUUACAAGACAUGUUAUAUGCGUUGUCGGACUAUAGCUGUUGUUAAAUUGAAUUUUGAUUUAUAUUAUGACUUAUUUUGCCGCGUAAUGUAUAAAUGCUUAACUACAUGAUUCUAACUUUUACUUUGAUUACAUUUGUGAUAUAACUGUAAUUGACACGUUUGAUAAAGUAUUAAAGUGUGUGCUUAACUGGUUAAAGCGGUUUAACAGUAUUUAAAUAAAUAACAACAGUCUAGCAGUAUAAAAAUGAAAAAUGAAAUGUGUUCGUUCAGUCGGCUUACUUUCAUGCAUCAGCACACUGAUUGUUCUUCAAAGUGUAUGUAUAUUAAAAAUUAAUGAUGGUUCACUUAACAUGUAUAUGUUUGCAGUUGAUAAAAAAUUGAUGGUUUUGUAUGUUUGCACAUGAAACUUUACUAUUUAUUCAUAGCAUAUUUUGUUCUCAAAGAUUGUUUGUCUUAAAUAAGUUUGAAUGCAAAUGAUUUAGUAUUUAAUAGGACUUCCAUUUAAUUAUGCAGUGUUCAUCUUUGACUUAUUUAAUUAUUACCAUUA